CGUUCGCGACCCGCACAUAGACAAUUUUCCUUUAGCUUCUGAGUCUCGGUGACGACGAGAUUCCUGAAGCCCAGGAAACUCGAAAACUGGAUAAUAACAAUUGAAUCGACUCUUUCAAAGACAACGGUAUUUGUGACUUUCGCAUUUCCGAGCUCUGUGGCCGUUGCUGAGAUCUCCGGCUGUUUUGAGCCCAUCAAAACGCGGAGGAGAUCCUUAGAGCUCUUGGAGUAAGACUUCGGCGAGCGAGCGAAGGAGGAGGAGGAGGAGGAGCUUUGGCCGCGAGGGCUGCGUGCGAGGAUGGUAGUGAGGCAGCGGGGAGCCUUGGUGCGGAAAGAGCAUCGCCUGCUGGAGGUCGAGUCUCCUCUCGACCUGGCCCUCUGAGGUCCAGGCCUGAGGACCUCCCGUGGCGUCCUCGGCGGGACGAGGGGCACCUGUGAUUGGGUCUACUGGCAGGACCUUUGCAAGGACCUUUUUGUUUUCUUCGGAGAGAUAGUGAAAGAGUCUUCAGGAUGGUGGGCCGACUGAUGGUUGAGGACGAAUACACGAUCAACGUGAAAGUGCGUCGCCCGCUGGGGGAGGAGGCGUGCCUGGCCCCGCCCACGAUCACCAUCACACCUGAAUCGUCCCUCAUCACCCUCACGCCGCCCGACAACUCUACCCUCACCUACGCCCACGCCUCCAAGAGUGUCAAUGGCUCGCCGCCCAUGGCAGUUGGCUGCAGCACUCUGCCCCGCAGCUCCGCCUCCUCGCGCGGUUCCUGGGCCACGCUGCCGCACCCGAGCCGCCUCGCCGCCGGCGCCAAGCCCAGCGGCAGCGGCCUCGAAGUGGCGCUCGCCAGCAAGGCGGACCCGCCCGCCAGCAACUACGUGGGCCUCUCCCUAAAUAAGAGCCUGGGGAAGCAAGUGUACGACGGCGAAGAGGCUCUGGCACUCCGGCAGCAGCAGAUCAUGCCGCCGCCGCCCCCUGAGCGCCGCGCGCCCCCAGGGCCGCUGCCACUGACGGCGCCGCUGUCGCCGUGCUCACCGGACCUGCCUCUGUCCCCUCCAGCCAGCGUGACGCACGGCUGCUUGCCGCUCCCCAUCAUCCAGGUCUUCGCCGACGACAGCAGUCACGUGGCCACUAACCGGUUCGUCGCGCCCCCGAAGGCAGUGUCCCCGCACGAGGGCGUGAGGCGGCAGGGCUCUCCUCGGCCCGUCGAUCGCGCGGCCAGCCACACUGCCGCAGGCUGCCUGUAUGUGCCGCGGAUUCCCGAGCACUGCAAGUCAGACAACGGCAUACUGUACGUGCCGCCCGUGGACGAGCAGAACCUGCGGCAGUCCAAGAAGGACGGGCCGCCGGCCAAAGGGAACUCGCGGCGCAAGAAGGCCAUCGAGGCCAGCCCAGACUCGCAGGGGCUGACGCCGACCGGGGCGCCCGCUCUCCUCCCCGGCAGGGAGCGCACCUCCCCAGACGUCUCGGCACGGUCGCCCCCGGACGCCGUGCCCCCGAGGACGGCCUCCUCCAAGGCUGCCGCUCGGGCCCUUCUGGCUGGCGUCUUGGGACCCCGGAUGGACCUCGCUUCGCCCGACGGCCGCGGCUGCAACGCGCUCAACAGCAACCGCAACUACUGCAACAUCGAGUUUCGAUCCCCGUCUCCCCGCCAGACCUUGCGUCAGAUUUGUUACAACAACGACGACGACGACGAAGACAGCGCCAACAACAACCGCAACAACCAGUACUUGACUGAGGAAUCCUACAACAACAGCCUGAACACCUACAAAAGCAACCGGACAUCCCCCUUCAGCAGCCCCGGCAAGCGUUCGCCAGAGCAAGAAGGUGAACGUGUCGUGGAAGUGUAUGGAGGGGUGACAAACCACGCCCACGCGCCGCCCACGACCGUGAGUGGGCGUAGCGGCCAUGUCGACCCGGCACACCCACAGCUGGUAGACCCCGCCCUCCUCACCUCGCUAGAUCUGGAGAGUGACCACGCCGCCCCCGCCCACGAGAUGUUGGUGACAGACGCCCCCCACUCAACGCGCCCGCAUGACCUCAACCACAACAACCACGCCUUCGGGCACAAGUCCUCAGAGGACCACGUGAGUGGGCGCGCAGCUAAGUACAUGGUGACGGAGUCGGGCGACCUGGCCGGCCACGACAACUAUGCCUUCGACCACGACAUCCUCUCGGGCCAGGACAACUACGGCUACGACCCCGGCUACAGCUCCGAGAGGUCCCCGGAGGACGAGGAGGGGCCGCCCCUCUACUGCUCUUCCUCCUCGCCCGCCUCCUCCUCCGCCACCGUCGCCGCCCAGCGAGAGAGGAGCCCCAGGGAACCGAGGGACCGCAACUCGCUGAAGGUGGCCCCGGGGGAGAUCAUUAACACCCUGGAGGUCAUGCGGCUGGUUCCCUUCAUCAGCGAAAGUACAACUUUCCAAGUGACGGUGAUCAAGAACCUCCGAGGCCUGGGCUUGGCCGUGACGGGCGGCAUCGAGUGCGACCUCCCGUACGCAGGCCUCAUACGCAUCAAGAAGCUCUACCCGCAGACGCCGGCCUGGCUCUGCGGUCAGCUGGAGGUGGGGGACAUUCUCCUGCAGGCCAAUGACAAUCCAUUAACAGGACUGACGAGUCACGAGGCAUUAGAAAUGCUCCGCACCGUCGGCCAGGAGGUGACUCUGGAGAUCUGCCGGCCGCCCCCUGGCACCAUGGGGGACGGCGAGGACCUCCCUGACGGCGGCAACACUCUCGGCGUCGUGAGCACCAGCCUCACCACGCCAAACACUAGUCACAACUACCUCUCCCCAUCGCCUUCCUUCUCCUCGUGUGGGGAGUUCGAGGUGCAGCUAACCAAAGUUGCAGGUUCCUUAGGCUUUACACUGCGCAAACAAGACAACAGUAUCUUGGGGCACACCAUUCGGAGUCUGGUCAAGGAGCCUGCAAUUUCAGAUGGCAGAUUACGACCCGGAGAUAAGAUUAUCUCAGUCAACAACACCGAUAUGUGUAGCCUGAGUCAUGAAGAAGCGAUAGGUUUCUUACGCACAUGUCCUGAGACUGUUACUCUUAGAUUGUAUAGGGAUGCCAUGCAAACGCCAGUGUCGCCAGUCUCCCCCACGGAACCUGACAUCCUCGCGAAGCCUAAGCCUCUGCGCAAAGAAGCCAGGGACAUGCUCAGUGACUUGGCUUUCAGAAAGCAGUCUCCCAGCAAUUCGCCUAGCUUAGCUGGGGCCUCGGGAUCCCCGGGGACACCCAGAAGACGUAGGCUCCAGAAGACCCCGAGUCCAGAUAUCAAGAGUGUAGUCAUAGAUAGAUGGGACUCGUUGGUGAGAAAAACCGAAGAAUCUCUGCCUGGUACUCCAACUCUCGAAAAGAAAACGUCGCUCAACAGCAUACGAGAGACGGAGCACGAGGCCUCCCCGUUCGGCGACAGCCAGACGGACGACUCCCUCUCCACCACCAUCCGCUCACGAAACUCGUCCGCGUCGUCGUCCUCGCUCACCGCCUCAAACUCCGAGUCGAGACCGAAGAGACCCAGCUUCCUCGACCUGAGCAACGGGCGUGGCUGUCCCCGCAAGACACAGUUCACGCCCCCGCACGAGGUAGACCGGUCGUUUCCAUCCCCGCUCGGAGGUAAUUACCCGUCGGCUGACUCGCUUGACUCUGCCCCCCAGUUGACCUCAGCUCACAGUGAUACCCCAGCCUUCUCCCACCUCCAGCAAGGGUAUCAGAGUGUUAACCUUGGAGCCCUCCACCCUCACGAAGACUCCAGACUAACCAACACAACCUCAGACCAUAACAUUAGCAGCCACGAUACUGACGGUCCCCAGCAGAGUGGUCUACUAAAGUGGAAGGGAAUUGUCUUUACCCCCGAAGAGGAAGACACUCAGUCACUAGAGGAGUCACUUCAACAAGAGGGGGAUCGUGAAGGGUCACCUCAGUCACACAAACCGAAGAUGGUGACAAUAGAGCUUAACCGCGGAUGGAACAGUCGUCUAGGCUUUUCGUUGCAACCAAAGGGGGAGAACACUGUUAUCAAGGCCAUAUAUGCAGACAGUGUUGCAGCCAAAGAUGGACGACUGAAAAUGGGGGAUAUUGUUGUAAAGGUGAAUGGCAUUGACGUGGUAGGAUGGGAAACUGAAUCUGUAAUUGAUCUGCUUCGUAAGACAAGAGGGAAAAUUUCGGUCACUGUUCUUCAACCACUAAGUUGAACCCAAGCCUACUAAUGGUAGAGACACCUGAAAAAUCGUCUCAAGAUGCCUGUCUUCAGCUCUUUUCGAAGAUUGUUGCAUUUGCUCCUUCAGUUAUCUUGUUCCUGAUCCACGAAUAUGUAUCAAAGGAUCAGCUUAACCUAAGGCUUCAGUUGUUCAGAUCUAAUUUCAAGGCAGCUAAGGCUUCUAUUUACUAAUUCUUAAUACUGUGUUAUUAACGAAUUUUAAAAGUUCAUCUCAUUUCUCUAUCUCUAGACUAAGAAGUCGAAUACCCUCUUGCCAUUAUUGAAGCUUUGCCUCUUUAGCUCUGUUAUUCUCGAAUCUUCUUGCAUGAACGUUAUAUUGCUCAUUAAUAGGCGUCACGGCCCCUCGAACCCAAUGCUAAGUGAUGUAAACCUGGUCAGCCAGCAGGAGAGAGUUCUAGUUAUGAGAGUUGCCAAUAGUUCUUGCAGAAGGUCGUGUCGCAUAUAUAUUGUGUACAAAUGUUCCAUUUAAACAUAUAUUUAAAAAAUAUGAAGCUUUUAUCUAUGAUGUAGGCAGUAUUUAUGCAGUGACCUUUUAAAGCUUUAUGCCAGAUACUUGUUAGCUAUUACUGCUGCACUUCUCUUUUAGUGUAGUUUUAAAACUCACAGUAAAAAUACAAAAAAAUGUAUAUUAUCCCAACAUAGAGCUGCAUAUGUUUAAUUGUUUUUACCAUUGUUGUUAUUUAAUUUUUGCCAGUUGUAAACUAAUGUGUUUACUUGUUUAUGACAAUGACUGUGAGUACUCAAGACUUAGUGAGAGCAGGGCCUCACUUGGGACUCCCUGUGUAAUAGACAAGCUUGUGCCAAAGAUAAUAACUGUAUAACAAUGUACGGUAAAGAGCAGUCAAAGUCAGCUGAUUUUAAAACAACAUUUAAUCAUCAGUACUUACGUGCCAUUCAUUGAAUGAUAUUCGAAGUCAACAUUCCAAUAGAGAACUUAAUCUAAUUUGUUUGCCUCUUGACUGAGGAGCCAAUUGUCUUUCACCUUCAUCCCCUAUGACACAGUCAAGAUACAUUAGAGUUUAGAUACUCCAGGAAAAGGAUAGUUUUUGCGGGUAGCGGAACUCUCCUGCUAAAGAUGGCAUCUAAUUGUUAAUUUAUUAUGGAUGUGUCAUGUAACCUGAACCAUCCGUUAUAGGAAGGUCAUGAUUGUGUUAUAAAAUGUUAUAAAACUGUAUUUUAGAACUGUCACCAAGUCUGUAUAUAUAAAUAAAUAAAAUAUAUUUCCUGUAUUA